CUAAUGUUGGAUAUCGUUGUCUCCUCUACAUUCCAGAAAAGAUGACCUGGGCUGAAGCUGAGGAAAACUGCCGGUUGGACGGUGGAAGCCUUGCAGCUGUAUUUGAAUUUGAACAAUUUGCUGAGAUGCGAGAACUGAUACAGAAGGCUGGUCACAAGUCAGGACAAGUGUGGGUUGGAGGCCAUAAAGCACCAGAGGAUUCUUCUUGGUCUUGGAGUGAUCAUAUGUCUCCCGUCAUGUUUCCCAACAAGUGUCCUGGAGGACCUACUAAGGAAAACUGUCUGAAAAUAGUCAUUAAAGAUGAUGCAACUGGAUGUUGGAAAGACAUGCGGUGUGAUGCUAAGCUCCCAUCUGUCUGCAGCAUGUUCAUCAUGUGAUUCCUGAGCUGGUAGAGAGCCACAAUCCACCUGUAAAAAGCC